AUGCUGAGCUUCUUGCACUUGCCCCAUCGCUCAUCUAACACCGAGUCCAGCUGUCCAACUUCGAAUAUGCGCUACGCAAAAAUUGUGAACGAGCUUGUUGAAUUGCUCAACAAAUCGUUUCCUUACGCUUCGGGAAUGGAGGCCCUUGAACAAGCCAUCCAGUCUGCUCGUGCUCACAAAAUCCCUGAGAUGGACAGUUACGGUCUUAUAUCUGCCGCGGGAUUUUUGAACUUCGCAACCUGGCUGGUUGAUGGAUGGAUUCCCACCGAGUCAGCUAAGGGACGGGAUAUCUACUAUGUCCUGUGCAUCUUCUAUUUUGUAUUUGAUCAAGUACCGCUCAAGGACUGCCAAACCGCGAUUAGGCCUGAAAACGUGGGAAAGGAUCUGUCGGAGCUCUCCCAGUGGAUAGUGGAUUUCGCCCAAGAAGUCGGGAAUCACAUGAACAGACCAGAGUCUCUGAACGAAGCAUCACUCACGACCUUUUGGAACGCUCCGAGUUUCCACCUAUCCGAGGCUGACGAAUCUAAAACCGAGGGGGGGAAAUGGAGGAACUUCAACGACUUCUUCUCUCGUCAUCUCAAAGAUGGCGCCCGGCCUAUUGACGGGGAAGGCGACGACGGGAUCGCUGUAUUUCCAGCGGACUCAACCUUUUCUGGGUAUUGGGAGAUCACGGAUGAUUCAAUGGUAGAGCUGAAAGGUCUACCUUGGCAUAUUGGGGAUCUCCUGGGUCCAUACAAAUCCGAAUACGGGGACUCUUUCAAGGGCGGUAUCUGGCUACAUUCCUUCUUAAACACGUUCGACUAUCAUCGCCAACAUGCUCCGGUGGGCGGUACAAUCAAGGUAAUUGACGUUAUUCCUGGUGCGGCUUACCUGGACGUUGAGUAUCAGAAAGACACUCGUUCCCUUGUGCCAAAACGCCCCAUGCGCCCAAUCUACUCUUCGGGACCCGUUUUCAGGGGAGCUGAAGCGACCGAUAAAGAAGGAUACCAGUUUCUGCAAGCACGGGGUAUCAUCAUCAUUGAAAACGACAAGCUUGGCACGGUUGCUGUGCUGCCAAUUGGUAUGGCGCAAGUUUCUUCCGUGGUAGUCAGGGACGACCUUGAACCAGGGUCCAGCAUCAAGAAAGGCGAUGAAAUCUCGCACUUCGAGUUCGGAGGGUCGGAUAUAGUGGUGAUGUUCCAGGAGAACAAAAUUGACAUCAAGAGUCUGCCGCAGCCAUUGUCACGCAAACCGGAAGAGCGCUUACAUAGUAGUAGUAGCUCCUUCCCGGAUCAUACCUUCCUAUUUUGUGGAAGGGGUUUAUCGAAUCCCGCCCAUAUUUCCACGGCACCAAAAAAAAGGGCCCUGUGUUCAUUCUCUACCUUAUCACUUUUGCGUCCUGAGGAUAUUCAUAGACUCUAUCACAUUUAUCCAUAUACCAUGCCACCGCAAACUCGAGGGGCGCAGGAGAGCGAAUCCGUGGAAAAGGAAAGACGGAAACCUGUCCGCCGUGACCCAGAGAGGAGACGGCAACAGAACAUUCGAGCCCAGCGGAAAUACCGAGAAAAGCUGCGCGAGCGCAUGAGCCACCUGGAAGCGCUUGCAGAAGCUACUGUACAGACGCCCGCCGUUGAAAGAGUACCCGCUGCGGGCACAGGCCCAUGCAGCACACCAACUAAUCUUUUUACGGAAAGCCUCCCAGCUUAUGAUGCUUCGGACGUAUCUAUUUCUAGUGUAUCUGUGGCGACUCUGGGGGAAUGCCAACACCUUAUCCAACAACCCGAUAACACUCCCUCGGCACUAACAACCCACGUCCCACAUUCCGGUGGACCCCCAUCAACGUUGGAUGUGUGGGACCCCACCCCAUACAUCGAUCCUUCCCUGCUCGCUCUCGAUAAACCCAAUGACAGCCUUGAGCUAUACUGGACGACCACCAUCGAUUGCGGCUGCUCCAGCCCACACUACCGCGUAUGGACAGAAUGCGCAAACCCACAUGGCGAGGUCAGGAUAUUCAGAUUUGGAUCGAGUGCACCCAUAGCCGAUCCAUAUGCCAACAAUCUUCGCAUUGAUAGAGUCUGCACUGUGGCUGCACUGUAUACUCUCGUAACGCAUCUUGGAAUUGACGAGGAGGUGCUCUGUGCUGACGAAGCGCUCUCACCAUUCUUUCGGUCCACCGCGGGGUUGACGGAUGAUGUGACCAAAGCAAACAUAAUAUCCACGGUUCAGGGAGCGUUCAAGGCCUUAAAGCCGGACUUGCGGCCGAGCAGUGAGCAAAUAGCCGUCGAGCAUCAUCCAUGGAUAGAUAUUCUGCCCUUUCCGACGUUACGAAAGAACCUCAUCACCCAUCAGAAAGACAUUGACGAGGAUGACUUCUUCCACGACAUGCUGACCGGUUUGGUAUGUUGGGGAGGUGCGGGCAUCGGGAAGAGGGAUCGGCAGCUCUCCACUGGAUAUGCUUCGACGGGUACGCCAUGGGAUGUCCGUAGCUGGGAAGCAAAGGUAUGGUUUUUGAAGAAGUAUUGGAUGUUGCUUGGUGGUGAAGAUGGGGAACUUGUACGGCAGAGUGAGUGGUGGCGCAGUAUCAGGGGAGACGACUCGAUAGCCGCAUAG